AUGUGCCGAAAGCAGGAGACUAGGUGGGUGGGAUCUAAGGCUAGGAAUGUGGAUGGGUACAAGCUAUGGUACUCAGGGAGUGAUAUACGUCCGAACAAAGUAGGCAUCUUAGUGGAUGAGGAGCUUAGAGGUAUGUAUACGCCGCAGGUGGGCUUGGAUGAGGAGGCGAAAGCAAAUUUUUGGGAGGACUUAGAUGAGGUGGUAAAAAGCGUGCCUAGCUCGGAGAAGAUUGUCAUAGCAGGGGACUUCAAUGGCCAUAUUAGGGUCUUAUCGAGAGGUUAUGAUAAUGUGCAUGGAGGUUAUGAUUUUAGUGAUAGAAACAGUGAGGGAGAUGCUAUGUUGGAUUUUGCAAGGGCCUUUGGAUUGGUGGUAGUGAAUUCGAGUUUUUCGAAGAAGGAGGAUCACCUAAUUACCUUCCGAAGCAUGAUAGCCAAGACCUAG